UCCUCGUCCACUCUGGUCGGCCGGACCAAUGACGCUGCUACACCGGAACUGAACUCGAGUCGGCUAGUUGUGGAUUGAAGCCGCCAGAUCUCUGAAGCUUUUGUUUCCUUUCGUUUGUCCAUACAGAAUAAUAAUAUUUGUUCAAGAUGCUUAUCAAAGUGAAGACUCUGACCGGAAAAGAAAUAGAGAUUGACAUUGAGCCCACAGACAAGGUGGAGCGGAUUAAAGAGAGGGUAGAGGAGAAGGAAGGAAUCCCCCCUCAGCAGCAGAGACUCAUCUAUAGUGGAAAACAAAUGAACGAUGAGAAGACAGCGGCAGACUAUAAGAUCCAGGGCGGCUCAGUUCUCCAUCUUGUGUUGGCACUAAGAGGUGGCCACUCCACAGACUGCCCGCCAUCGUCCUGAGCAGCUCUCAUCAGCCAACCCCUCAGCUAUCUUCUGUGUGAUGGUGCAGAGACCGGGCCGCAUCCAAAACCAAUCCACCCACUAACUUCAGGAAAGAAAAAAAAGAGGACGUUGUGAUUUCUUUGUAAAUGUUUUUGUUACCCACAUUGGCUUCCUGACAUCUGGCAGGUCGACAUUCUGGUGAUUUUUUUGCUUAUUAAUAAACACUGAAGUUGCACUGAGAGUUGUCGACAAUGCACAAACAUGCGGCACACUGGGCAUUUGGCAAGUGAUUUUAUUGAGUUCCCACAAAAGAACAGAGUUGAACCCGACGACACAUGACCUUUGAGCAGUGGGUGAUCAGAUUGGUUUUCGAUUUUCAGUGAGGCUUGUGAUUUUUCACCUUCACAUCCCAAACAUGAUAUGCAUCCUACUGGAUCCUGCUUAUCUGUGAAUGAACUAGCGAGGUGAAACCUUGAAGCAGGUGCUGCUGGUGAUUGAACAAAAGGACGUUCACAAAAACGAAUAAAACAUACUCCUUGACUUCAUGAGAACGUUCGAGGUCUUUC